AUGACCUUCGAAGUCGCAUCUGAAGACCGACUGGGUCUGCGGCUGCCAAAUCCCCCGCCACUGCUGCAUACUCGUUCCGGUAACGACUACGACCGCCCCUCCACCCCCGCCGACCAUGGCUUCACCAGUCCCCCACAAACCCCCCAAGGGAGCCCCAGCAAAUCCAAGGCGCCCCCCGGCUCCUUGGACCUGCCCAAUGUCUUCGAUAAGGCCUUGAAAUUGACGCCCACCUCUCCGUCCAAGUCGACCUACAACCAUCUCAAUCAUCCCAUGUUUACCACCGACAAGAGCAGCAUCGAGGACUUCAACGAGAGCGUCAUCCACCAGCGGCCCUCCAGCCCCUCGCGCAAGGCCAACAAGGAAAACACCCCGCCGACAAGCACUCGGGCACCCAAGGAUUUGGGCCCCAACCCAACUGCCGCGGCGCUUUCGCGCCAUGAGCCAUAUCAGCAACGCGACACCGACACGUCCAAGCGCCAAGUGCACAUGCGCGGCCUGACACCAGAAGAAACCGAGAAGCUGCAACAGCCCCGCGUCAAGCGCCUCGUCAAUGUGACCCAACUCUAUUUCCUCGACCACUAUUUCGACCUCCUCAGCUACGUUCACAACCGCCAAACCCGCCAUUCCCAAUUCAAUGCCGCCCACCCUCCACCUCCCACGACCCCUAAUGAAGAAUACGAACCGGCCCUGCUCAAAUAUCUUGGCCGUGAACGGGCCCAUCUGCGCAAGCGUCGGACUCGCCUGCGCCAGCACGACUUCCAGAUCCUGACGCAGGUUGGUCAGGGUGGAUAUGGACAGGUUUAUUUGGCACAGAAGAAGGAUACACGCGAGGUGUGCGCGCUGAAGGUCAUGAGCAAGAAGCUGCUGUUCAAGCUGGAUGAGAUCCGCCACAUCCUGACCGAGCGCGACAUUCUGACAGCGGCCAAGAGCGAGUGGCUCGUCAAGCUGCUGUACGCCUUCCAAGAUGACGAUCAGAUCUACCUUGCGAUGGAGUACGUGCCCGGUGGCGACUUCCGCACGCUGCUGAACAAUACCGGCGUCCUCCACAACCGUCACGCCCGCUUCUACAUCGCAGAGAUGUUCAGCUGUAUCGACGCCCUGCACGUGCUUGGUUACAUUCACCGCGACCUCAAGCCCGAAAACUUCCUCAUCGACUCGACUGGCCACGUGAAGCUCACCGACUUUGGCCUUGCCGCUGGCAUGUUAAGCCCCGGCAAGAUCGAGUCCAUGCGUGUCAAGCUUGAGGAAGUCGGCAACACCCCCGUGCCCUUCGGCCGACCCAUGGAACAGCGUACCAUGGCCGAGCGUCGGCAGGGCUACCGCACCCUGCGCGAGCGGGAGGUCAAUUACGCCAAGUCAAUUGUUGGUUCGCCGGACUAUAUGGCCCCAGAGGUGUUGAAGGGCGAGGAGUAUGAUUUUACUGUCGACUACUGGAGCCUGGGGUGCAUGCUGUUCGAGGCGCUGGCGGGCUACCCGCCUUUUGCGGGCGCGACCGUGGACGAAACUUGGCAGAACCUGAAGCGCUGGCAGAAGGUGCUGCGCAAGCCCGUAUACGAGGACCCGAACUAUUUCCUGUCGCGGCGGACCUGGGAUCUUAUCACGAAGCUGGUUGCUGCCAAGGAGCAGCGCUUUAAGAACAUCCAGGAGAUCCAUGCGCACGAUUAUUUCGCGGAGGUGGACUUCACGCGACUGCGCGAGCAGCGUGCACCAUUUGUGCCGGAGCUAGACUCGGAGACUGAUGCAGGCUAUUUCGAUGACUUCAGCAAUGAAGCGGACAUGGCCAAGUAUAAGGAGGUGCACGAUAAACAGCGCGCGCUGGAGGAGAUGGCAGAGCGCGACGAGAAGAUGAAUAAGGGGCUCUUCGUUGGGUUUACGUUCCGCCACCGAAAGCCUGCCGUCGACAGCUCCGGCCGCAGCUCGCCGCGCAAGGCAAUUGCAACCGACGGCACGUUCGGUACGAUGUUCUAG